GGGGCCUCCCGCCGGAAGGCGGGGCAGGGGGCCGGCAGAACCCGGGAACUACAGCUGCGGAGGCCGCUCCGCCUCCCUGGGACUUCGGGCUCCACGGCGGCAAAUGAGGCAAGAGGGUAGAUCUAGUUCCGGUUACUCUGCUUUGGUUGCAAGGUAAAGUUGAGACUAAGACACCAAUCUAGAGAGCGCCAUGGGCCUCCGGACCACUAAACAGAUGAGGAGAAGCACAAAACAAGCCUCUGGUCACCACGAGGAUCAUAUGGCAAAGGAGCCAGUGGAAGACACGGAUCCUAGCACUUUAUCCUUUAACGUGUCAGACAAAUACCCCAUUCAAGAUACAGGACUCCCUAAAGCUGAGGAAUGUGAUCCAAUUACUUUGAACGGCCCAACAAAUUCUGAUGCACCACAUGAGGGAGAAGAAAACGGCUUUCCAGACAGUACUGGAGAACCCCUUUCAGAUAUAAGCAGAGGCGAGUCCUGCAGGGAGGACUGCACUUGUUCCGCCUGCUCGCUCCGGGCCCCCACCAUAAGUGACUUACUCAAUGACCAGGACUUACUAGACGUCAUCAGGAUAAAGCUGGAUCCGUAUCACCCGACAGUGAAAAACUGGAGGAAUUUUGCAAGCAAAUGGGGCAUGCCCUAUGACGAACUGUGUUUCCUGGAGCAGAGGCCUCAGAGCCCCACCUUGGAGUUCUUGCUCCGGAACAGUCAGAGGCCGGUGGGCCAGCUGAUGGAGCUCUGCAGGCUCUACCACAGGGCCGACGUGGAGAAGGUCCUGCACAGGUGGGUGGAUGAGGAGUGGCCCAAGAGGGGGCGUGGAGACCACCCCAGGAACUUCUAGACCUCUCCGCUUCCCGCUGGCCUCUUUGGACAUUGAAACAGCCACAGGUUAAGGAGGAAUGUGGAUCUGUUCUUUCUUAAGGGUUUAGGAUGAGGACACAUGACAGUGGACAUUGGUUUUCCCCAAAGCUGGUGGUUUGUUUUUUUUUUUUUUUGGAGGGGUAGGUUGUGUUUUGGUGGUGGAUUUUUGUUUGUUUAGUUUUGCACAUCUGUUUUAAUUUAACAUUUGAAUCUGGAAUUGGGAAAAAUACUUUGUAGACUCACGUAGGGACCAGGGCCAAAGACUACAAUCAGAAUGGACUCGUGCCAUGAUGAAAAUAAAAUUAUCCUCUCCCUUAAA